CGUUCACCUUUCUGCAACCUUCAGAGACCAUGGGCGUUAAGGGAAUGAAGACUCUGGUUAAAGAAUCAGGCACUUUGGAGGAUGUUGGCUUCAAGAACAGCGCCGUCAUCAUUGACGGUCCAAAUCUCUACUAUUCUCUGUAUUUUAACUCCAAGCCGAAGCUGGACCAGCAACACGGAGGAGAUUACUCUGCAUUCAGAGGUCUGGUCUGUCAGUUCUUCAGCAGCCUGAAGAGCUGCAACAUCAAGCCGCUGGUCCUUCUGGAUGGAGGCGCAGAACCCAUGAAGAACAAAACUGUUGAAACUCGUCUGAAAGACAAACUUCAGAAAGCAAAGAGACUUUCAGAGUCCAGGGCUGACAAGUGGGACAACAUCUUGCCUCCUCUGGUCAAAGACGUCUUCAUCCAGGUCCUUCAGGAGCUGCAGGUGGAGAUCCAGCAGUGUUUUGGAGAGGCAGACCUGACAGCUGCUCUGAAGGCCAAUAAGAAGAAAUGCCCCGUUCUGUCCAACGACUCAGAUUUUUACAUCUUUGAUGUGCAGGAAGGGUUCCUUUCAAUUGAUGGGUUCCAGUGGGAAUCUGUGACACAAGGAGCCAUUCCUGCUCAGCGCUACAAAAUCUCACAGUUUUGUAGAUGUUUUAAUGUAGACGAGCAUCACAUGCCCGUCUUUGCUGCUUUAUCAGGAAACGAUUACUCACAGUUAGAAAAAGAAGACAGCAAAAAGUUAAUCGGAAAAUAUCUUAAAGCUCAGCAGCCAGGAGGAUCCUCUACUAGUCGACAGCGAGCCAUCCUCAAGUUUUUAGGAGAGUUCAGGGGGAAGACGCCCGAGGAGGCUGUGACAGCAGCUCUGCAGCAGGUUGGCAGAUCUAAGCAGGAGGACCUCAAACUUUACCUGAAUUCAGCUCAACAAUAUGCCUUAAAGGAGCCACCUCGUCCCAACCUGCCUCAGUGGGUCAUCCAGGAAAUUCAGAGAGGAAGACUGACCUCCUUCGUCACAUCUGUUGUGACCCAGAAGUCGAUGACCUUGACUCCACUGGUGGAGGACUUCUCCCAGCCCAGCAGCUACAGUGCUUCCCUCCGGAUCCGACAGUUCUUCUACGGACUGUUGCUUGGAACAGAGCUAUGCACAGAAUAUGACCGGGAGGGCGCUGAAGAUAUGCGUCCUAAACAGGUCACCCCUGUCCUAGCAGGUGUGACACCAGAGGAGCUGCAGAAACUGGAGCUGGAACAUCUGAAUGAGGUAAAACUGCUUCCCUCGGAUCAUGCUUUUCACUGAUAAGAUGUUGCUCCAGGUUACAAUGAAAACCAAUCAGUUAAAAGUAGAGGAGAAGCAACAUAUCACAACAUCUCGUAACACCAACAGUAACAUGUCAGAGCUUUAGCAUGCAUAAGGUGUAACGAAUUACGGCUGUAAUAAGAUGUCAAGAGAUCUUACACCCAUAGCAACAUGCUAGGAAUAGUUAAGGAAAUAUAUAAGUCUUACCUAAGGUGAAUCACUGAGUCAAUCAAGAACGAAUCAAAAUGCAUUUUGAUUAUUAUUUUAUUAAGAAAUUAAGUAAAGAAAAUGAGCAGUGACUCCCCUGUCUAGUCCAGGGAAGUGAAGAAAAGAUGAAGGUACAUCA